ACCACCACCGACAGCCACGCACCGAGAUGUCAGGAAAGGUCACUGGCGGGAAAGAAGGUGGCGUCCGAAAAGAAUCCCGUACCAUCCUGACGGCUGGGGUUAUUCGGACGACGAAGUACAGGAGAUCAGUCAAAAAACGGUUGCGCUCGAUCUCAGCAUGGAGAAGCGAAAGAGGGAAACCACGGACGAAGAAUCACUGUUGACACCACCUUCGCUGAUCAAGCACUGGACGCGAGUACGAGGAAGGCCUAAAGGGUCUUGUAAGAAGAUGAAGACUAGUCUGAAACCUUUCAACUUGAAAAGCUCGCGUAAGAGUUCUGACCCUACGAAGAAGGGAGCAGCCGCAAGAACGGGAAGAGGGUCGCGAGCCAAGUUCGUGGAAGACACCCGUCUGUACUUGGACGGAAUGGACUAUAAAGUAAUCCAGAAAAUGUGCAAGUCAGAGAGUAUUCUGUAUGUACGAAAGUCGCAAGCGGUGGCAGCGGUGGCUGAGAAGAGGGCUAUGCUAGCCUACGAUAAUACCGAGGACGUGGAAUCAGCUGAAGGGAAGACGAAGGAAACCAGCAACGCAACGGACGGAAGCGAUUCAGAAGAAUCAGAGGAAUCUGAAGAAUCGACUUCCCAAUGAAGUUUAAUGAACCAGAGCCAACUUU